AUGGGAUUAAAAGCCAAGUCUAUUAACAAGACACCAAAACAUGUCUCUAGAGCAUGUCUAGAAUGCAGAACACGACAUCAGAAAUGCGAUGGUCAGGAGCCUCAAUGUGGACGGUGCACAAAACUCAAUCGAAAAUGUACGUAUGUCAAAUCUCACAGAGGUGGAUCACGUAAAAAGGGAGUUUCAGUUAAACGUUCUCCGACAAAUAGCGUGACCAAGAAUGAACUAAGUAAUGGGGAAGAUUCAUCUGAAAAUUCAUCUUCUUCAACUUUGUUAACAGCAAACCAUAAUAUAUCAUCCUCCACUUCGAAAUCACCAGCUGUUUAUCCAUUUAGAGACCAUAAAUCGGAUAUUCUACCGUGUGUCAAAAACGGGUUAGAUUUUAUGGCUGAUAAUCCAGGUUGUAAAGAGGAUUGUCUUAGUGUUGAAAACUACAAUAAAUUGCCCAAUUGCAUGAAGAAUCCCUCAAUUCAUAAAUUAACAAAAAUAAAUUCUCAUCCUUUAUUCGUCGACUCAAAGGAAAACGAUCCACUCGAUAUUGUUUUCGAUAAGACAAAGGUGUUGAGCUCUUUGGAAGAUUGUUAUAUUUCUCCCUCUUUACUAAACAAUUUGAAUGUGGAUAAUUUCAUUUCAUCAUUCUACAAUUCUUUUUACAAUGCACAUCCAUUCUUGCCGGAAAAAGAGCAUUUCCAUGAAUAUAUAGAUUCAAUACCAUUCAAGAAUGAUUUGCUUUUGGCCAUGAAAAUAAUGGCAGAUGGCCAAACAACUAGUAAGUACGCUAGAGAUCUCGAGACUAUCAACUACCUAAUUUCUGCAAUUGUUACUUAUGUACGUCAAAUUGGAAGAGAUUUUGUGUCGUUACAGACGAUGUUGUUAUUGGCCAUGAUAUCGCACAUAUCCUCAUUGCAUGAUCUUUCUAAUAUGUUAAGGGAGGCUACAGUAUCCUUGGCACUUGAACUAAAAAUGAAUUAUAUUGAUGAAGAGAAUGUUCCUCAAGUGUUUUUAGAUGUCAACGGGUUUUUGACAGAAAGGGAUGAUUCUUCACCUGCAAGCAAAAAUAGUCCUACUGAUACACCAAAAGACGAACUUUUCAAUAGCCGACGGACAUCAAAUAUACCAAGAAACAUACUAAUUGAUACUGUCAGAAGAACCUUUUGGGAAUUGUAUUUUUUUGAUUCUAUAGCUGGUACUGCUUCGGGAAAUACAAAGUCAAAAUUAGCAACACAGAGAUGUUUAGUUCUAUACCCCGAUACCGUUGCAUCUCAUAAAUUUGACUUCAAGUCACGUGCCGAAUCUUGUAAAUUGGUGAAUGAUGCUAUAAGUUUGAAUAUAGCCAUUCAAACAAGCACAGAUAGUGUGCCACACUUAAACCAUAUGCGUGCAGCAUUGGGAAACUGGGAAAUGAAGAUUUCAAACCCUGAUACGUUUGGGAUGCCGUACCUUAUAGACAAACAUGGCUUUGUGAAUGAGGGGUUGUUUGAGGCUAUUGUGCUCUUGAAUUACGCUGGUAUUUUCACCCAUAGACCUUUUUCGUUUCUUUGGAGACCUAAUGUUCCCAAAAUGCCAAGAUGUUGUGAUAAAGGUGACCCCGUCGAGGAGAGAUGUGAACCUUUAGAGAAUGCUGAAUCACAAACUAACUCUGAAGCAAGGAAAAUUAUUGAAACCAGAAAAACUAUUGAUUGUGCUAAUUUCCUUAUGAAGACACUUUUAGACACCGACCCGGGAACAACAUGCAAGAGGACACCAUUCCUAGCAUGUGCUCUUGCCUUUUCCUCUUUGGUUCACCUUAGUGCCUAUGCAUGGGUUGAAUCUCAUAUUAAUCCUGAUGAUAGCGAUGAAGAUAAUGAUUUGAAUGUUUCUGCAUCCGAACUUGAAGUUUACACCGAAUAUAUUAAGCUGGAAAUUGGUUCUAUUUUGCAAAUCUCUCGACAUUGGUCAUUAUCUGCUAAAUUGAUUACCCAUAUUGCGGAGACGCUGGCAAGGGUGAGUCCUAAAUUAUAUAAGAAAGUUCAAGCGGGGAUCCUAGGCUUAGGCUUUAACAUUGCGACAGUGCUACAGUCAGUUCCACCAUCACCAACCGAAGUCUCAAAUACUACCCCAGAAUUGUUUGAACAUAAGUCAGCAAAAAAGAGAGAAGCCAGAACAAGCUCAAACAAGUCUUUGAUAUCUCCACAGCCUAACGCAACCCCAUCAUUGACCUCAGAUUUUAUGCAUUAUAGCCAAUCUCUGCCAAAUCCUCAGAAACUACAGUACAAAGAAGAAUCAAACAUUGACACUAGGAAUCAGAGCGUAGCGUCUGUCGAUUGGAAUUCAUACAAUGCUUCAGAUUCCAAUAAACAAUCUAACUUCAUGAAUGAGUUUGCCGAGCUUGUUAACGGGAUGAAUCAGAGUGGCGACUCUGAAGCUGUACCUUUAAGUGUACUCGGUUUCCAGCCCGAAAAUCAAAACUUUGAUUUCCUUGAACCGAUCAGUCCCACAAGUGAUACUGGAUGUGACUGGGUUGAUAAAAAUACCUUUCAGUUUGAGUCUUUUCCUAAUGCCUAA